AUGUGUCAUUCAAUUAUCUGGUACUAUGCCCUGUGCCAGCACCAAGACCAGGAUGCAAGCUACCAAAUCGCAUGCCACAAAGUCUACAUAACGAACAACGAGUGCACCGAAGAGCAGCACAGUACAUUAUAUUUCUCGCUUAUAGGAAAAUGUCUGGAAUGCAAGCUUGAGCAGCUGGUCUUGCGCCAGUCUGUCUUCCGCGAAUGGCGCAGAGAAGACCUUUUGGCUGCACUAAACGAUGCAUUUCGAUAUAGCAACGAAGAUGGCUGGACUAUCGAUGACAGUGACGCUGAGGAACUUGAUAUGGAAACGUGGGUCUCCCAGUCUCCUGGGUCUUUCGCUGACCGGGUUGAGAACCGGGAGACCCGUGCAUCCUUCCACAAGGGUCCAGCACGUAUGCCGAGCGUAGUGCAACAAGCGUCGAUUCACGUAUCUUCUGUCGCUUUGGUUGGUUAUACUGAUGAUUACGCAGAUGAUGAAGAGUAUGUCUACGAGCCUUCGCAGGAACCUCGGCCGCAGAUGCGCCGGCGCUGGCGCUCUUGGAUUCCGCUUCCUACUAGGUUGGUGCGCAACCAGCAGACUCCUGCAUAUCGGGCGUUUAUCACUGAUGACGAUAUGUCGGAUACAGAGUCCUUGCUCGGCACUUCUAAGGCGAAGGAAGACCGUCGGACUUGGCGUUCCUGGAUUCCCCUUCCCGUUAAGAAGGUGUCGGAGCAAUAG